AUGAAGGUGGAAGAACUUAUCUGCCCAAUAUCUAAAACAUGGGAUGUGCCAAAGAUAAGAUCCAUCUUACCAUACUACGAAGAUAAGAUAACCAUCUUGCGACCAAGCGAGCUAGGAGCCUCUGAUCAAUAUAUCUGGCUCCUCACAAAGUCUGGAGAAUACUCAGCUAAGACAGGAUAUCAUGCGGCCACAGAUAGGGACAAACCAAAUCUCCCAGUCCACAACCCAAAUUUCAACUGGAACAAAAAUAUUUGGAACCUUCAUUGCCCACCAAAAGUCUGUUUCCUAGUCUGGAAAGCCAUGAGAAAUGCCCUCCCGACUGGCCAAAAUCUGAGAAUUAGAGGCAUAAAUCCAUCUGCUACUUGCCCACACUGUAAUGCUGACGAGUCCGUCUUCCACUUACUGUUUCACUGCCCUUAUGCUUUAGAAGUCUGGCGGUCAGCUCCGUUCAAAACUCCACCACACGCAGAACUCUUCACAAAUACACAACAGGGAAUUGAGGGAAUCAACAAACUAACCUGUCUCCCACCCUAUGGGAUAGGAUUAGGGAACCUUGCACCCUGGAUCUUGUGGAUGCUUUGGUACUCGAGAAAUAAGAAGAAUUUUGAGAACCGCCUUUUCUCCUGCUCGGAAGUCAUAACCCUCGGCAUUGUGGCAGCUAGAGAGUGGCUUGCAGCUCAACACCAAAUACCAGUAUCGAAAUCAUCAGACCAGAUCCGGACAACUCCAGAUAUCCGCUUGGAUACCAUCCAAUGUUUCUCUGACGCUUCAUGGCGCGAGGAAACGAAGGAAGCUGGAUUUGGCUGGAUCUUCGUUGACAGAUCUCAAUCAUCAAAAAUCAAGGCCAUAUCUGUAGCCACGAAGGUCGCAUCUGCUCUACUCCUUGCCAUCUACCAAGCUCUUGAUAUCGGUUUCAAGAGAGUCUCUUUCGCAUCUGAUUCACUACAGUUGAUCAAAGCGCUCAAUAUGGAGGCUUCUUUCAAGGAGUUUCAUGGGAUUCACCACGACAUCCUCAAUCUAUCUCUAAGUUUCGAUUCUGUAUCUUUCAUUUUCGUACCAAGGAAGGAGAAUAUGGAAGCUGAUGCGUUAGCUAAAUCAACUUUAAUAUCCCCACCUACUGUACCGUUUCCUUAUUAA